CAACUUGAUGUGACACAAGCGCAGUUGGCUUGUACAGUGAAAAUGAGAGGUGUUUUCAUGUUUACGUUUCUGGCCAUGGGGCUGGCCACUGUCAGCUCCCAGGCAUCAAUGAGGAUAAUGGGUGGGACACUCACAAAUGUCGAGUCGUAUCCUUACAUUACUUCACUCCUCCGUUCGCAAGACAUGGUGACUUAUAGGCAGACAUGUGCCGGUAGCGUUCUUACUAGCAGACACAUCUUGUCUGCCGCUCAGUGUUUCGUUGGUGAUACAGCAAAUAAUUGGCGAAUCAGGGCUGGGUCCACGUGGGCCAACAGCGGCGGUACUAUUUACUUCACCGAUCAGAUUGUCCGCCAUCCUAAUUUUAAUGCACGCACGUUCGACAGUGAUUUAGCCAUUAUUCGAACUACUACGCCUAUAGACAUCGUCAACACCGUACGCGUCGGAUCUAUCGCUGGCACUACCUAUCAGAUUCUCGAUAAUCAAGCUGUGUGGGCUAUUGGAUGGGGAGCAACUUCGUUUGGAGGUGCCAAGUCUGAGCAGCUUCGCCACGUGCAGAUCUGGACUGUAAACCAACAGGAGUGCAAAAAUCGCUACGCUGCUCUGGGGUAUCCUAUCACAGAUAACAUGCUCUGCUCUGGGUGGCUCGACGUUGGCGGCCGCGACCAAUGCCAGGACGACGCUGGAGGUCCUCUCCUACAUAAUUCAGUAAUCGUCGGUGUUAGCUCGUGGGGUCACCAGUGUGGGUUAGCCCGUUACCCAGGUGUAAAUACGCGCGUUAGUCGGUUCACUCCGUGGAUUCAGGCUAAUACAUAAUCUUGUUAAUAACCAUUGAUAUUAAAGAAAUUGAAAUAAAUGGUAAAAAUGAUAAGAAAUUAUA